CCACUUCGUAGAAUUCACAUGCAGCGACAGUUCACAUCGCAGAAUCAUCGCCAUGUGCGGCCGCUACGCCAUGUCGUGGCAUCCGUCGCGGGUCCGGCGGCAUUUCGCUGAGCAAAACAUGCCUGUCGACGAUGCUCCACCCGACGAUGACGGGCGUCUCAGGCAGAGUUACAACUUCGCUCCCGGCUACCACGGACUCAUCUACCGAGCCGACACUGCACCCCGAAACAACGGCGCCGGUAACGACGACGACGCCGAGAAUGGCCAAGAUGGCAGCGAAGCCUCUCCAAACAAGACAAGUUCGUCGCAGACUGCAGCCCAAGCACCCAAGUACAAGCUCCAGGCCGCCAAAUGGGGGCUCGUGCCCUUCUGGACCAAGCGACAGCCCGACUAUGGCAGCCAGAUGAAGACCAUCAAUUGUAGGGACGACAGUCUGAUUGAGAAUCGAGGCAUGUGGAAUACCAUGAAGCAGCGAAAGCGCUGUAUCGUGGUUGCCGAAGGCUUCUACGAGUGGUUGAAAAAGAACAAUGGCAAGGAAAAGAUACCACAUUUCAUGAAGCGCAAAGAUGGUCGUCUGAUGUGCUUCGCUGGUCUGUGGGACAUGGUCCAGUACGAAGGCAGCGACGAGAAGUUAUACACGUAUACCAUCAUCACGACGGAUUCAAACAAGCAGCUCAAAUUCCUGCACGAUCGUAUGCCGGUCAUCUUCGAGCCUGGCAGUGACGAGCUGAAGGCCUGGCUUGACCCGAAUCUCAUCGGCUGGAAUAAAGAACUGCAGAGCAUGCUGAAGCCAUAUGAAGGCGAACUCGAAUGCUACCCUGUUGAUCAGGCCGUCGGUAAGGUUGGUAACAAUAGUCCUCAAUUUAUUAUCCCUGUCAACAGCGCCGAGAACAAAAAGAAUAUUGCAAACUUCUUUGGCAAUCAGAAGGCGACUGCGAAGGAUAUGGCGGCCAAAGCUGAAGCCGCGCGUUCUCUGAAGGAAGCAGAUGAGAAUAAGCACGAGGAUGAAGACAGAGUUACCACGUUCAAAGUGGAAAACACGGAGGACAACGCUCCUCUCCCGAAACCCAAGGAGGAGAGCGAACGAGACUUGUCUCAGAAGAUUAAAGCAGACACAGCUGAGCUCGACGAUAAGGAUAUGAUCGAAGCUGCGGAUGAGCAGGUGGAAAGGGGCAUCAAGCGCGAGAUCUCUGAGGUGGACGACGCGUCUCUACUUGCGGCAGUCGAAAGCCCUGUCAAGAAAGCAAUCAAGGUCGAACAUGCUACCCCGUCCCCAGCAAAGAGCGUCACUGGUAAAGGUGCUAAUAGCAGGAAACCCAGAAGCGCUACCUCAAACAAUACGAUCGCGAAAACACCGGACAAAAAUGCAAAUGCAAAGAUUACCAGCUUUUUCGGUGGCAAGUGAGGAUUUUGGGGGGCCGCUCGUAGAGCACCUGCCCAAAUGACAACAAGUCUUCGAUCGGCACACAUUGAGUGCUUGCGACGCAAGAAUAAUCUUCCAGGAAUCCUGCGGGGAACGGAAAAUCGGCAGUGCUGUAUGACAGCGACCUCAAUGUGACUGCCCCUUUGCGGAUCAAACAGAGCUCGUGAUCGUUCGAAGACCAAUUGAACGGCCAGACUGUCAUCAUUGAUAUAUCGUCGAACUUGCGAUAUAUUAAUGGUGGACAAUGAAGCUCGUUUAGUGUGGCCAUGCGCAACGAACGUGCACGCCGGAAAUCUAAGCAACAAAAUUUGCUCACGCUGCUCCCUCCUCGGAGUUCCAAUUUAUGGAAGAUUGCAUGCGAGGCGCCUUCGUACAAGUCAUUCUCACGUCUGAAUUGGUACUGUAUCGUCAAACUGUUGACGUCGUUCGCUUGCCACGCCCAUCGACUCGUUUCACAUAGAAGCGCGCAGUCUUAGAUUUCCACCUUUGAGGUUCUCGACCGAAGGAUGCUCGACUACGACGCCUCUGCUCCACAGCAAUAUGUAUUCCACCGCUCAUAUCGAGCCGGAAAAAUCGGCCACGCCUGGCCGAAGCGACCUCCUGCCCCAGAACAGGUCGGUUGCUGCAGAACCUAUAUACAAUAUAUAGGGCCAAGUCUGUCAAGCUCUGUCAAGCACUCGCCUCUGUCUCUUGUUUACACGCGCACCCA